AUGACAUCAGUUCAUGCUAUAUUAAGGAUUGGAACAACAUUGAUUCUUGCUACCCUGCUAGCACGCGCCAAGGGAAAUGUGACCCCGACAAGCCCCACUAGAUGUGGAGGCAACUUUACAGCACCCUCUGGAGGUCCUAUAACAUCCCCGAACUACCCCGAUCACUAUGGCAACAACGAGAACUGCGAGUGGUUAAUCACCGUCCCAGCAGGCAAUAAGAUUCUCCUCACGUUUGAUAAAGGCCAAUAUCUCGAGGAAGAUGCUGACUUUUUGUUCAUAUACGAUGGAGCCAGCGAUAGCGCCCUCGAGUUGCAAAGGAUAACAGGUCUAAGUUCUGUUAUACCUGUUAGCAGCACAUCUAACACGAUGUUCCUCAGAUUUACAUCUGACGGGGAAUUAACAAGAAAGGGGUUUACGGUCACCUACACAAGUCAAACCCCCAGUGUUCACAAUGAAUGUGGUGGCUACAGAUCAGGGCAAUCUUCAAGGGAGAUUUUAUCUCCUAACCAUCCUGGAUCCUAUGACAACGGCCUGAUCUGUACGUGGACAAUAGUGGUCAACCCGAGAGGAUAUAUAAGGCUUAAACCUAAGAUUUUCAUCCUUGAACCCCAGAGAGACUACUUAACAGUCUACGACGGUGAUCCUGAAUUCAACGGCAAAUGGCUAGGGAGUUACGCUGAAUUCUUUUUACCGGACGGAGUAUGCAUGGCCCCAGAAGUUCCCAAAAACGGCUACAGGACCGGAGACAACUUCGCUGUAGGGUCGGUUGCAUCUUUCGGCUGCAAUGACGGCCUCACCUUAAGAGGUCGACAAAACACCACAUGUGAAACUGCCGGUGUUCGUGGCUGGGACAUUUACGAUCUCAGUUCAGUUAACGAUCUACCAAAAUGCAAAGCUCUAUGUGGUGGCCACAUCACCGGGCGACGGUUUGGAGUAGUUUAUUCUCCUUACUACUCUGAACGUUACGACAUCAACAUGAACUGCACCUGGACCAUAGAGGUCGACUCGGGAAGAGUGAAACUCACUCCGGAAAUGUUCGAUUUAGAAAUGAAUCACGAUUACCUGACAGUCUACGACGGAAACGGCAGCGUUUUGGGAAAGUACUCCGCGGAAUGCGGUGGCUACAGAACAGCUAAUGUCAAGUCUUCAGGCGUCUUAUAUUCUCCCAACUAUCCUGCCCCUUACGGCAACAACUUGAACUGCACCUGGACCAUCGCCACCGUUAACGAAGGGAUGGGGAUAAACAUGACAAUAGCAGAGUUCUCUCUGCAGGACAGGCGUGACAGAUUAUCAAUCUACGCUGGAGAUCACAUAUCCAACUACACCUUACUGGGAGAAUACAGCGGUAGGAUUGCUGCAUAA